AUGAAUGAACCAAUUAGCGAGAUCGCUGCGAGACUUAUAGCUAUCUCGGUAGUCAUACUGUUUUUGCUGUGGGAGCAGUUGGGUUGGGCCUGUUUCGCGGGACUGGGAGUCAUCAUACUGUUCAUCCCAUUCCAGGGACUUAUGGGUCGACUGUUUCAGAGUGUUCGUCGAAAAACGGCUCAAUUAACGGAUACGAGGAUUAGGAUUAUGAAUGAAAUCAUAUCCGGUAUGCGAGUCAUAAAGAUGUAUACCUGGGAGCAGCCCUUCCAAGAUUUGGUGGCCGAGUCGCGAUUGAAAGAGAUACAACGGAUCAGACACUCGAGUCUAUUGAAAGCCAUAAAUUUGUCCUUUUAUUUCGUGGCCUCUCGUGUCAUACUAUACGCCUGUUUCGUCACAUUUGUAUAUACGGGCGGAAAACUGUCGGCCGAAUCGGUGUUCGUGACGAUGGCCUUCUUCAAUACGCUGCGAAACACAUUGACCCGACAUUUUCCGGCCGGAAUCGCGGCCACAGCGGAACUGGUGGUCGCCUGUCGCCGGAUUCAGGAUUUCUUAGUCCUCGACGAAAUUGACGAUUCAAACAAACCGAUUGAAUACAUGGCGUCAGUAUACUCGGGGAAAGCCGAUGGAAAUGGGGUUCCCGUAAGCCUUGAGAAACCUAUGAAACCAGUGGACGACAGAGAGAAAGGAGUUUUCAUUGAGAAUAUGAGCGUUCGUUGGAAUGAUGAAACCCUUGAGCCCACUCUGAAAGACAUUAGUGUUUGCGUAAAAUCUGGAGAGUUGUUAGCAGUGAUAGGAUCCGUUGGUAGUGGAAAGAGUUCACUAUUGAUGUCAAUCCUAAAUGAGCUGACAAUCACGUCGGGAUCAAUGGAGGUGAGGGGAACGGUAUCAUAUGCUCCACAAGAGUCGUGGGCCUUCAUAGCUAGCGUUAGAGACAAUAUUCUGUUCGGAACUGAAUAUAACGAACAGAAAUACAAUAACGUGGUUGAGGUGUGCGCUCUGGACAGGGAUUUCAAACUAUUCCCAUUCGGCGACAAAACCAUUUGCGGCGAGCGAGGGGUGUCGUUGAGUGGGGGCCAGAGGGCGAGGAUCGGGUUGGCGAGGGCUCUAUACCACGAGGCGGACAUCUAUUUGCUGGACGACCCCCUGUCGGCGGUGGACGCGCGCGUCGCUAAACAUCUCUUUCAAAAAUGUGCGGUGGAGUACCUGAAAGAUAAGGCCCGCGUGUUAGUCACCCAUCAGAUUCAGUUCCUAAAAGAGGCCCAUAAGAUACUGGUGCUAAACGAUGGGAAAUGUAUAGCUUUCGGCACGUACGCUGAGCUCUGGGAGUCUGGUAUCAAUUUCAUGUCAUAUAUAAACGAUGAUAAGCCGACUGAAACCAAAACCGACAAAAUGUUGCAAUUGAGUGAACACAGGAGGUUGCAAAGGGCCGUAUCAUUCACGUCAUCCCUGGCCAGUAGUAUUGUCGGCUCUGACGUGGAUCGCGAUCAGCCCCGGGAUGUGACUGAAUCGGAUGAGCCUAAACUCAAACAGGAGACCAAAAUGAUUGGAUCCAUUGAGUCGAGUGUGUAUUGGGAUUACGUGAAGGCAGGCGCCGGACCUAUCCUUAUAUUCGUCUCAUUUGUGUCGAUUCUUAUAUCCCAAAUCCUAUACCAGGGCAGCGAUUUCUGGCUUACCAUAUGGACUAAUGAAGUGGACAGUGAUACUAGCGUCGAUACAAAUUUCAAUGUAAUUAUAUACUCAGCACUGAUCGGCGGACUACUGGUGUCGGCCCUCAUAAGAACCACCACUUUCUUCGUGAUGUGUAUGCGCUCGUCGGUCAACCUUCACAACAGAAUAUUCCACUCGUUAUUGCGAGCGCCUAUACAUGUGUUUGAUAGCCAACCCAUUGGCCGUAUAUUAAAUAGGUUUACAAAGGACACCGGUAUUGUCGAUGAGCUCCUACCUGCAACUGCUUUUGAUUUGCAAAUGACACUAUCCCUGGUCAUCGGGGCCUUAAUUGCGAACACAAUCGUCAAUUGGUAUCUAAUAUUCCCGGCGAUACUGCUCUGUAUCGUAGUGUUUAUGUGCCGAUACUUCUACAUCAGUGCCGCCAGAGAUAUCAAACGUCUGGAGGGAUUGUCCCGGAGCCCAGUCUACUCUCACGUGAGCACAACCCUAUCGGGUCUGUCGACUGUGCGGGCAUUCGGCGCGCAACGUAUGUUUGAGACCCAGUUUGUGAGGCACCUGAACGACAACACCUCCACUUUCUUCCUAUUCAUCUGCACCUCCCGGGCCUUCGGUAUACUCAUGGACUGGGUGUGCGUCCUAUACAUCGGCGCUGUCGUCGCGUUUAUCAUGUCUUACGACGACCUGCCGGGCGGUGACGCCGGUCUCGCCCUAUCGUCGGCCCUAACACUGACGGGAAUGACUCAAUUCGGGGUGAAAUCAUCGGCCGAUCUCGAGUCCCAUAUGACAGCAGUCGAGCGAAUGCUAGAGUACUCCCGAAUCAAACCCGAGCGGGAGUUGGAGUCCCGUCCCGACCGGAAACCAGUGCCCGAAUGGCCACAAACGGGUGAAAUCUUGUUCAAAGACGUGAGCCUUCGGUACAACGAGUCGCCGACAAAAGUCCUCAAAGCCAUCAAUUGUGUCUUAAAAGGGGGCGAAAAAGUGGGAGUCGUGGGCCGUACCGGCGCCGGGAAGUCGUCCCUCGUGGCGGCCCUCUUCCGGCUGACCGAACCCGAGGGACAGAUUCUCAUCGAUGGGGUCGACAUUCAGACGAUUGGUUUGCACGACUUGAGGCGUCAGAUAGCGAUCAUACCUCAAGAGCCGGUGCUCUUCACGGGUAGUGUCCGUAAGAAUUUGGAUCCGUUUGGUGACCGGCCGGACGACCAUCUCUGGGCCGCGCUGGCAGAGGUGCAGCUCCGGGAUGUAGUGACCCAAUUGGGGGGACAGUUGGACGCACUGGUGACAGAAGGGGGCAGUAAUUUCAGCGUAGGCCAGCGACAGUUGGUAUGCCUGGCCCGGGCUAUACUGCGUGACAAUAGGGUCCUAGUCUUGGAUGAGGCGACGGCUAAUGUCGACCACAGAACCGAUGCUCUCAUUCAGAGGACUAUUAGAGAAAAGUUUCGGUUUUGUACUGUCAUUACGAUUGCCCACAGACUCCACACUAUCAUAGACUCCGACAAAGUUAUGGUGUUGGAUGCGGGAGAAGUGGUUGAGUGCGGAAUACCACACACUUUGCUCGAGAAAAGUGACGGACUGUUCACCAAAUUAGUGGAUCAGACGGAAAAGCAUAUGUCCAUUAGGUUGAGACAAAUGGCUAAACAAUAUUUUACUAAUAAGUAUGAUGUCUAUGAAAAUGAUAGUCUGAAUGAAAAAGACACUGAAAGCGAUUGA